GGGCGGGGCGGUCGCUGCCUUGGCAGCAGCCGGGACGCCGCUCUGGGCCGGUGUUGCGGGGCGCGGUGCCUCCGCCAUGCCCGGCUCCGCGGGCCCCGUGUCCCCCCGGCGGGGCCAGGCCUGGCCCGAGCGACGGCAGCAUCGCGGGGCGCCCGAGGAUCGGCGUCGGAGGGUGACCCCGCUAGAGGCGGCUGCCCCGCUGGCCGGGGAGGGAGAGGAGGCGCUCCUCAGGGGCAUCUUCGAGAUCAGCAAGAGGAGCUGCGACGUGGUGCUGAGCGCCCGGCGGCUCCGCUGGAGCCCCAUCCUGCCCGAAAGCCCUACAGGUGAUUCCAGUCUGGUUUUACAGGCCCAAGAAGAGAUGACUGAACUGAAAGAUGUAUUUUCUGUAAAACUGAAACGUCGUCGUUUCGUAGGGCAGAAGAAAGGUGGUACUUUAUUGGGCAUCACCAUUUUUAAGUGCAUAAAUAAAGGAGAGAAUAAACUAACAGACUGUGCUAUCCAUUUAAAUAACUUAAGUGAAGAUCAUUGUCAUUUAUGGUUUAGACAGCUAAAGGAAAUUCUGAAUGGCUUUCAAGAUAGACCAAAAUCCUUAAAAGUGUUUGUUAAUCCAAGCAGCCACAAAAGAGAAGCCACUCACAUUUAUUAUGAGCAAGUUGCACCUCUUUUUAAGCUUGCUGACAUCAAAACUGAUGUCACAGUAACUGAAUAUGAAGGGCAUGCUCUCUCAGUACUUAAAGAAUGUGAACUCCAGGCCUUUGAUGGGGUAGUUUGUGUUGGUGGAGAUGGAUCUGUCAGUGAAGUUGCUCAUGGUCUACUACUUAAAGCCCAGAUAGAUGCUGGAAAAGAUACAGAUUAUAUACGAGCUCCUGUCAGAGCACCAGUUCCUCUUGGAGUAAUACCAGCAGGUACCUCUAACAUUUUGGCCCACACUCUCUAUGGUAUUAAGCAUGCAGUGACUGCAGCAUUGCACAUUGUAAUGGGACAUAUUCAGCCAGUGGAUGUCUGUACUUUCAGUACUCCAAGCAAGCUCCUGAGGUUCGGGUUCUCAGCUAUGUUUGGGUUUGGUGCAAGGACUUUGGCUUUGGCUGAAAAGCAUCGUUGGAUGCCCUCCAAUCAGAGGAAGGAUUUUGCUUUUAUCAAAACACUGGCAGAACUCAAGCCAGAGGAAUGUGAACUGUCAUUUCUACCUCUACAAGUUCCACAGGAAGACUCUCAAGGGAAUGACAGAAAGAAGAAAGAGAAAAUGAGAAAAAAGGGUAGCAAGGAUCAAUGGCAGAAAAUUCAGGGCCACUUCCUGAAUGUGAGCAUUAUGGCAAUCCCUUGUCUGUGUUCAAUGGCACCAAGAGGCUUGGCACCUAAUACGAGGUUGAAUAAUGGAAGCAUGGCUCUUAUUGUUGUACAAAAUACUUCUCGCACAGAAUUUAUAAAACACCUGAAAAGAUACACCAGUGUAAGAAAUCAGUUCAAUUUUCCCUUUGUUGAGACCUACACAGUUCAAGAAGUAAAAGUACAACCAAGGCUUAAAAGUGGGCUUGAUGACAAAGACAGCACAUAUUUGAAUGCUGCUUCUGCAGAAGGAAAUUACCCUUGGAACAUAGAUGGGGACUUAAUGGAAGAAGCAUCAGAAGUUCACAUUUGUGUGCAUCCUCAACUUAUCAAUCUCUAUGGAGUGAACACUGAUGACCUGGAGAGUUUCCAAGCAACAUGCAGUUGCAUAUAGAAAGAACACACUGCAAGUUCUGGAUGAAAGGAUCGUUUUCUUGCCUCUAAGCACAGCUUUCCAAGGUCACAUUAAAUCAUCAUAGCUGAAACUUAACUGGGAUAUUAAUAUUUCUGGUUUUAAAUUUUUAUCAGAUUGUAUUUAACUGUAAAGAAACUGCUAGGCUUAAAAAAAAAAUUGGAAACUUACUAUAUUUUUCUCAUAUAAAUUUGGGGGUUGAGAUAUUUUUUUUCUUUAAAAUUAGCCUAGCUUUUACAAUAAAUAUAGCAUAAGAUACUUUUUAAUUCUGCUGCUGCUAUCCAUAUUAUCAGGUAUCUCAGAUCAAAUAGAUUGAAGGUAUGACAGCAUCUCAUGUUGAAGAAUAGUGGUAAAAUAUAGAUUGAUUGACUUAUUUAAUCAAAUACUUCAUUUUCUAGUUAAAAUUGUUAAUAUUGCCACAAUGUAUUUUCUUUCAAAUUGCUUCUAGUCAAACAGUAAUACAAAAGAUUAUGCUGAUGUCUUGUAUGGCUUUUCUUUGCUGAAAUAUGUGAAAGACUACACUUUGUACAAAAUAUUUUUAAUAUUUUAUCUAUCCCAGUACUGAAAUGAUACUCAGCAUAGCUUUUGUUGUUGAGAAUAAAGUUCUCAUAAG